AUGCAUUCUACAGUACGCAGUGUAUUUCAUAUUUUAAACCUAAUCUGUUUAUCCAUUUUAUUAUUAGCAUUUGUCUUUUUUGUCAUUACAUUUUGGACGAAACUCUCUGUUAAAAUUGUUGAGCCAACAUUGAAUAAAUUACGAAUAGAUGGUGUAAAUAAUCGAACCGUAAUCGAUGGAGUGAAUAGUGUUGUACGAACUUUUACACGUCCGGUAAUUUUACCAUUGAUGACAAUAUCACUUGUAUUUGCUUGUAUUUAUUUCUUUGGAGCACUAAUCGCUUUUAAUCGAAGCAGUACAUUUUUUCUUAUGUAUGAAGUUACUUUAACAGUUUGUAUAAUUGUGCAUAUAGUUAUGAUAACUAUUGUGUUAAAAAAUCCAGAAACAACAGAAAAAAUGAUGGAAAAACUUUUUGCAAAAAAAUUUUAUCUCUAUCGAUCAAUGAAGAGUCAUGAUGGAGCAAGUUUAUUUGCGGCUGUCGUAAUGAUAGAAUUAAAAUGCUGUGGUUACAUGAAUCCUUUUGAUUUUGACGAGGACAGAGUAGAAAUUACCGAUGAAUAUGAUGGUCAUACUUAUGAUGACUUAGUAUUACCUGUACCAUGCUGUUUGAUGGAUAAAGACUUGAAGUUGAUUGAUGUAAAUUGUCCAAGGUUCCAUUACAUAUCAGAAAACGAUCACAAACAUCACAGUCAAGGCUGUAAACAAGUAUUUGGUCGUAAAGCAUUUAGUUUCAUAGCAUACAUUGCUUAUUUAUCAAUAACUUUGAUUGCGAUCAAUAUAGCACUUGUGAUAUGCGUUGUUCUGGUAUUGAGAGAAAUAUGGAUAUACCUUUAA